AUCUGCAACACUUUACUCAAAAGUGAUUAAAAAAAAGUAGAGUUGUCUUCAUUUUAAAAUGAAUCCAUUGGACAAAAUACACGCAUUAGAUGAAAUCGAGAAAGACAUUAUACUAUGCAUGCAGAGUGCAGGGCAAGCGUUGCAAGAGCUCGGCAAGGAAAAGUCUUCACAAAAGAGUGCCGAAACGCAGUCACAACAAUUUUUAAAAAGCCUAUCUAGUGUUGAGUCCAAGCUCUCUGAACAAAUCAACUACCUCACACAAGUAUCCACCGGUCAGCCGCACGAGGGUUCCGGAUACGCGUCCGCCAAAGUCUUACAAAUGGCCUGGCAUCGCAUACAACACGCACGCUCCCGGGUACGAGAACUGGAAGAGACGAAGGCCAAACACUCGCAUGCCGCCAGACAACAACAGAAGCGGCAGCAAGAACAUGCAGCCGCACAGCAACAACAGCAGGCUGCCGCUGCAGCCGCGGCUCAGCAACAUCAGCAACAUGCUUCUGGUGGUGGCGUUGCCGGUGCAGGAGCUGCUGAUGGCGGUACAGCGGGUAUCAGUAAUAGUGCUGGCGGUGCAGUUAGCGCAGAUGCUGGUGGUGGCCUGCCAACAAAUUAAUUCAAAACGAUUUCAAUUAAAUUUAUAUUUAUUUUUUAUACGCAUUACACGUUUGCUUAAGCGUU